AUGGAAUCCAAACCCGAAGAGACCAAGACGGUCUACACUCAGUACGAUGAUCUUGGUUCAACAGCUGCCAACUCAAGAGUUAACUCGACAUCCUCACUAUCACCAAGUGCGGACUCUACCAGAAGAAAUUCUGUGGAAACAUGCCAACAGUCUCAAGAUGUGGAUUUACACACCGUCCCCACGAGGACCACGACCAGGCCUCGUGGAAACUCGCACAUGGGUGAAGCACUGGAGCAUCUAUCUCGGACUAUGUCGGGCAUGCCAGAACAGCCAGCCGAAACUCAUCUUGAUUUGAACAAUGUUCAGUCCCGUCGAAGCGAGAAAAGCGUUUGCCACUCAAUUAAGCAUAUGCCUGGUCUCGAGGAAGAAGGAGGUUUACAUGCAGCAAAGUAUCAAGGUGUGCCUCCUGAGUUCAAGAACCUCACUGAAGAGAUGAUCUUCGUCGGGGUAUGCUCUGCUGGAUUGAUGUUUUUUGCUUUCUUGCUCGGCGAUAUCACGGUUAAUCAAGAAAAGCUGCGAGCAAAAUUAAACAUCAGUAACAGCGAGUUACCAUGGCUUUUGGGUGCUUAUAAUCUUCCACUCAGUUUGUCGGUCAUCAUAGCAGGAUCGCUGAGUGAUCUUACACCCCCAAAAAUGAUCAUGGUGGGUGCCUUUGCUUGGUUGACAAUUUGGAAUGUCGUUGGUGUUUGGUCGAUAUCCCCAUCACGGGUUAUUCUUUUCUACAUUGUGAGAGCCAUGCAAGGUCUCUCUAUCGGCGUACUUGUAUCCGCAUCAAUGAGUCUGCUUGGGCGAAUUUAUACACCCGGCCUGCGGAAGAACAGAGUAUUCUCUGCUAUGUCUGCCACCUCGCCUUUUGGAUUCUGGCUCGGUGGUAUUCAGGGUGGAGCUUUCGAGUCUUGUCUUUACUGGAUUUUCGCCUCUAACGCCAUAAUUGCUGGACUUUGCCUGGUUGCUGCUUAUAUGGUCAUUCCACCACUUAGACCAAUGGCCGAUGUUGCAGGAACCGAAGCGCCAUCAAUUCUGGAUUUUGAUUACCUAGGAGCUGGAUGUGCUGUCACUGGCUGUGUUUGCCUGCUCUUUGGUCUCACACAAGGUGCAGUCGUGCAGUGGUCUCCAUACACAUAUGCCCUUGUGAUAGUCGGCAUUCUGUUAUUGAUCGGGUUCUUCUUCGUCGAACGAUGGGUAGCGCGUCCCUUGAUCCCGAAUCGACUCUGGAAGACCAAAGGUUUUACUCCUCUCAUGAUUGCAUACUUCCUCGGAUACGGUGCGUUUUCAGGCUGCUGGCAAUUCUACGCUGUGCAAUUCUGGCUCAGAAUUCAAGAGCACAGUCCACUCACCUCAGCGCUGUUCUUGCUCCCAAACGCCAUUGUUGGCGUGUUAGCCACCUGGGUAGUAAGCAGAACUCUGCAUAUCGUUCCUGGUCAUUACAUCUACUUCGCUGCAAUGCUUGCCUUUUCUCUGGGUCCUGCUUUCUUCCUGCCCCAGACCUCUGGAACAACGUACUGGGCCCUAUCCUUUCCCGGAGUUGCGCUCGUGACCUUUGGUCCUGAUCUAUCGUUCGCCGCGGCAUCUAUUUAUAUCACUAGCAAUGUGCGUCGAUCAUACCAGGGAAGCGCUGGAAGUUUAUUAGUGACCAUGCAAAACCUCUCAACUGCUGUUAUGACCGCUGUGGGGGAUGCGAUUGGUACAAAGGUGGAUAACACUGGUGGAGAGAUUGGGUUGGAAGGGCUUCGGGCUGUUUGGUGGUUUGCUCUAGCAGCGGAAGUUGUCGCAGCUCUCAUCACCUUGAUUUGGGUGAGAAUUCCAAAGGAGGAAGAGAAGGAGCAUGUGACCGAAAUUGAGGGUUGA